UCAGACUGUUUCGUCACCAGGGCAGUGUAUUCGAAGAUUGAUGAAAACUGCCCGGCGGGGAAGCGAAGUAAACUCACCAAAAGCCCACUGAUUUGUCUUAGACAUUAUAAAUAAGAUUCUGUCUUUACGGUUUGGUAUACUAAAAAGGACAUAAAAUGGAGGUGGAGAAAGAAGUAAAGAAGAUGACCCUGGGGCACGACUUUGGUGCUGGGGCUGCGUGUCUGAAAUGCAAGGACAAAUGCGAGGGUUUCGAGCUGCACUUUUGGAGAAAGAUCUGCCGGAACUGCAAGUGUGGCCUGACUGAACACGACGUCCAGAUGAACUCUGAAGAAAACAAGAAAGUGGGCAAGCUGUUUGAGGACACCAAGUACACGGGCCUCAUCGCCAAGCUGAAGACGGACGGCGUCCCCACAUACAAGGGCAACAUGGUCACCAUCACCCUGGCAAGACCUUCCACUGCUGCUGUCGUGCCACCUCAGGCCACUGCCUCAGCUGGUCCCGGCGCAGGUGCCAGUACGGUACCCGCACACACAAUUCCAGCCAAUAUCACACCAGUGAAGGCAAAUUCCGUGCCAGUGAAGCCCAAUGCUGUAUCAGCCAACGUGGUGCCAGUCAAGAAGGAUGCCGCCCAAUCGGUCACUUACGAGUGGGUGCCGCCGGGAGCUAACCAGUACCUGGCGGUGCGCUACAUUGAGUUACUGCCGCCAGAGAGGCGCCCAGUGGCCGGUACAGUGGGAGCGGCCUACCGUCGGCAGCAGAUGGCCCACCAGCUGCCUGAGCACGACCAGGACCCGUCCAUGUGCCACGAACUGAGCCCUGGCGAGGUCAAGCAGAUGCAGCAGUUUGUUCGCAAGUACAAAGACGAGGCCCUGGGGGUGGGAGACCUCUGUCUGCCUGAGACGAUGGUUCCAGGAGGCCCCGGGGCUGCCGGAGGACCAGGGCCAGAGAACAGACCUGGAGGUCUUGGCGAAGGUGGAGUUGCGGUUGGGCCGGGAGCUGGAGCGGGGGGGGUCAAUGCUGGAGCUGGCUAUGGUCCUGGAGCUGGUGGGGCUGGGGUUGAGAACAGGGAUGGAACUGUGGGCUCUGGUGCUAUACUCACCGGACACCCUUGCCAGGGGGUGAGGCCUGUCGGUGGGCCUGUGACCAGAUUUCCAGAGAGCGUAGGGUCUGGAGGGCCUGGUAGUCUUCGGGCAGCACAGACUGUGAGUCCUGGGGUUGGGGGUCUUGGGGUUGGGGGUCCUGGGGCUCCUGGGGUUGGGGGUCCUGGCGUAGGGGGUCCUGGGGUAGGGGGUCCUGGGGCUCCUGGGGUUGGGGGUCCUGGGGUAGGGGGUCCUGGGGUAGGGGGUCCUGGGGCUCCUGGGAUUGGGGGGGUUGGGGGUCCUGGGGGAUAUGGAGAGACAGGGGACAUGGGCACUGCCACUGGAGCUGGAGCCAUUGGAACACCAGGAGCCCUCAGUGGCCACACAACAGAGUUGCCUGGACAGACCUUUUCCUGCCACCAGUGCCAGCUGCCCAUGCGACAGGGUGAACCAGCGGUGUAUGCGGAGCGGGCUGGAUAUGACAAGCUGUGGCACCCCGGCUGCUUCGUAUGCUGCACCUGCAGCGAGCUGCUGGUGGACAUGAUCUACUUCUGGAAGAAGGGCAAGCUUUACUGCGGCCGUCACUAUGGAGACAGUGAGAAGCCCCGCUGUGGUGGCUGUGAUGAGCUCAUCUUCAGUAAUGAGUACACACAGGCGGAGGGACAGAACUGGCACCUGAAGCACUUCUGCUGCUUUGACUGUGACUGCGUGCUGGCCGGGGAGACCUACGUUAUGGAGAACGACAAGCCUGUCUGCAAGCCCUGCUACAUGAAGAGCCACGCUGUGAAGUGUGUGGCUUGCCAGAACCCGGUGGAGCCGGAGGCCCAGCGCGUCUCCUACGGGGAGCACCACUGGCACGCCGAGCCCGACUGCUUCCAGUGCUCCUGCUGCUCCAAGUGCCUCGUCGGCCAGCGUUUCAUGGCCAUGCAGGGCAUGCUCUUCUGCUCGGUGGAGUGCAAGAAGAAGACCCUGGCCUAGGGACGGGCCUGGUUGGAAGUUCCAAACCCUGUCCAGACAACAUUAGAUGGGUCAAGUCUGGACUGAUCAAAAGGGUUGAUUCAAGCCAACCGGUGUUGCUCUAGGUUGUCAAGUCUUCCAUCAGUUACUAGCCAAGGCCUGCUGGCUUGUGCCAGCUAGCUUGCUAGCUAACUGUAGAGUUUUCUUAUCAAGUGAAAUUGAACUAAACCUGUGUAGAAUUCCUCUGAUGGACUUUCUUUUAUUUUUUUUCAUACUUCUCCUUUAGACUAUUUGAAUCUUUAUAUUGAAUCUUGAGGAUGCAUAUUACAUCAAAACAAAACCAGCACACUCAGUGGUGAAACAAAUACUGCCUUAAUAUAGAUCUAUCCAUGCCUUCUGUUGCCCAUGGAAGGUUCCAUUCCGUCUCACUUUACAUGGGACUUUUUCUUCUAUUCUUUAAUGAGAUUACGUUUGUCAACCUUAGACAUUUCAGUCUAUUUUCAGGACUGUCCUUCGAUGGAAGCAGCUGUUAGUAUUCUAUAAAGUGCUAUGGUACUAUGCCACUGAUCUGCAAUGCUUUUUCUAGAAGGCACAAAGAAUGUACUACUGAUGUCCACAUCUAUGCAGUUGAAUCUUUAGCGAUAGCAGUACACUUUGAUAGCAAUAUUUGCUCAAGAGAAAACAAGUGCUUUAUUGUUGUUCUUUUAAUUUCACUGCAAUAUGGCAUUAUCUGAUGCAACGGGUCCGGUACAAUGAAAACGCUUAAUGCAUGUUAUGUAGACUACAACAUUUCCAGACUACAAUGAAACAAUGUACUAAUUGAUAUGAGGACCAACUAUGUACAGUGCAAUGCAAAUAAGCAAAGAUAACCACUUUUUAAUUUUUUUCUUUUAUCAGUUCUUAUGUACUGUGUCUACCUUACCUACCCCCUCUUUGCACUUUCAUAUUUUUUUCUGCACUCUUAACAACCCUAAUAAAUGUUUUUUUUG